AUGCGUGAGCGUGUCACGUUUAUCCAUAGCGACUAUACCCUCGAUCCUGAGCAGCUGGACAACCAAGAAGCUGGAUUGCUUGGGCCCCAAAUCGAGUCAGUCCGUCAGGAUAAACUCACUAUCCCCUUCGACGAGUUGCCUAGUGAGCUCACCGACAUACUCCAAGAGUAUGAGGCUCUUCAUAUCAGAUGGGCUAGUCCUGUUAGGUCCGAGACACUCGACCCUUUCACUUCACGAAUUUCUCCUGGGCUUCAUGUCUACGUGACUUCGGAAUCCCCAAACUCAUGUAACCCAACAAAACUUUGCGGCUGGCUCCAGAGGUUUGGGCCACUAGCCUGUUCAAAGCCAGAGGCUUUCACUGAGUUUAAACAACCAGCUACCUCCACAGCCCCGAACUUCUCAUUUCAUCAAACACUGGAAGAUUUACACUCCUUCAUAACUAUUGUUUCUCAGGAGUUCUGCCCUGAACUGGACACUGUUUGUAAUGCCCGACUACGAAGCUUGUUGACCGCGACCAGCUUGGACUUAUCCUUUGAUAAGUCCACAAAGGCUCUUGUCGCUUCUGCGCUAUGGCCUCUUCGACCCCAAACCGUUGCUGUUCCUGCAUCAACUGAAAGAAGGGUUGAAGUUGGCAUUUUCGUUAACGACCGUUCGCAACCAAACAUGAAGGAGAACGAACUUGGUGUCGCUGGCGUUGUAUCCGUACUUGGCGACAAGAAAAAGCCUUCGCCAACCAUCUUCACUUUCCCAGCCCGACACCGUCAAGAUGAGUCUGUAUUUACAUCUAGAUUUCUCACUCCCACAGGGCUUCACCCAACUCUUCAGCUCAGCCUCAGCUCUAACAAGCCUCCAAGUGCGGAGGGCGAGUGUGCGCCAUACGCGUUCUUGACGUUACCCAAGGCCAUAUUUGCAGAUCGAUAUCAACUAGGAGACGACCUGUUCCUGGCCUCCAAGAACUUGACAGCUUUGCGAUACACAACUCUACCUGUGGACUUGGAAGCACCAGCAUAUACCACUGAGACAUGGGGGUCCAGUAUUCUACUUGAGCUCGCGCCACCUACCUCUGAAGAAGGGCAGCCGUGGAGUGUUGAAAUCCCUCUUCACCUGCGAUACCUUAAGCCUUCAGUGACUGACCAAGCCGAGGUCGAUGUUCCCUAUCCUGCUGUCUUCUGGGCAUGCUCCUCGGGCGAGGAGACGCUGGAGAAUCCAUUUGAUCGUCUCCAUAUUGGCUAUGACAAUCUUUUUCCUCGAGACACUGCCUUCUGGCACGUCACCCCUCAGCCAGAGGGCGGGAGCAGAAUUAUGCACCGUGUCACCGUCCCUGUCCUUAAGCUCGAGGGUAUAGAUACAAUCAGGUCAGGCACGGCAAUUGCUGUUUCGCUAGGUUUCGCCUGGGUACUGUGGAAGCUAGUCGGUGUUAUGCUAAAGUCCGAAAAACCAGUGCUCAAGAAGACGGCCCCGAAGAGUAAACUCGAGCUUCUGGAACAAGAGCUCAGAUCCAUCAAAGAAUUUGUACAGCCCAAGAGUAACGCAGAAUCGCCAUCAGUCUCUCAAAGAAACGGAACUGUGUUCCCUACACAACCGCCCCAAUUGCCUCCGGCCACAAAUGGCACCGUCUUUUCAUUAUCAAGCAACCUGCAAAGCCCUCAACAACCCCAGUCAUUCGUGCCAUCAGCAACGUUGCUCGAAAAAACAGAGCCUACAAAAUCUCGCAUGCUAGGCGGUAAAUUGGUGUCUGGACAGGAUAUUGACUGGUAUUUUGAGAAGUAUUUGCAAUGCUAUCAUCCCUAUCUGCCCGUCUUGAGGAAGAAAGAUCCAGAUGAAUGCUUCGAAGCAUCAACAACUCUCUUCUGGACAGUAAUAUCAACAGCUUGUCGUCGAUAUGCUAAAGAUGAACAACUUGUAACCUUACUCCUCGAUUCUCUUAACCGCGACGUUUGGGGCUUGCUUCAAGCCAUUACAUUGGACCUCGAGUCUAUUCAGACUCUCUUGAUAAUCUGCACUUGGCCAUUCCCGACCAUUAGGUUUGUUACCGAUCCAUCACCUAAUUUUAUAAGCAGUGCCCUCAACGCUUGCAUGCUCCUUGGCCUACAUACUGGCCGAGGAUCUCAUCCUAGCUUCUUGAUUGGCGGACGCCAGCACAUGACAUGCACAGACUAUGAGGCAUCCAUAACGUGGGUGUUCUGUAGUAUUCUCGCUCAAAGGGUAUCUACUGGGAAUGGGCAUCCGCCUCCUUUUCUCCAGCAUAAUGACACCAAGUGCAAGGACACCAUCAAAGAUAGUCUUGCGCCGGAGUUGCUCACCUUUUUUGAGCUACAAAAGUUUUCAAAUAGGUUGCAUACAGCCAUGUCUGCCCAAAUAUCGACAAACAAUGGGGUUCCUGAAACCAUCGUCAAGAUGUGGGAAGAUGAGUUUGAGCUUCUGAGACCCCUCGUUACCCGUGUCGAGACAGACUUCUCUAGUUUCAUAAUGCUAGUUGCUCAACUCGAAGUCCAGGCUUACUACUAUAUCUCACCCCCUGACCAGCGUCCCAAUUUCACCCUCAAUACUCUCCGCACAUACAAUACCUCACAGAAUCUUAUCAACACAGCCCUCACACUCGAAUCGACGUGCCAACUCCUUACGCACAGCCCCCACUGGGUCUAUCGUGCUUUGGUCGAUGCCAGCUGCAUCCUCCUAUCCACGCUUCACUCCACUGCUGCUCCGCAACAUCUCUCAUCCUCAGACGCUGAGGUUGUCGCUGCGCAGGUUCUAUCCCUUUUGAAAACCUGCUCAGUCCGUGAUAAUGACCUCCCCACAAGAGGUUCCAUCAUUCUUGAGACUUUCUGGUCUGUAAGGCAUUUGCUCCCUAAGUGGGACAUUCCUGUUGGUGCAUGGCCGGAUCGUAUAGGUGCUGCCACAUCGUAUUGGUGUCUCACAGCCUUCAAGAAUGCGUUGCAGGAGGCUAAGAAUAUCACGUAUGGUACACAAAAAGGCAUUGAUGCCUUUCAACAAAGGUUCCCGGGGAACAAUAACGGUGAUAGUAACGAGGGCAAUGUCAACGCUAACACAGACGUCAAUGGCCAAGAACAGACUAUGGACAGUGCCAUCGAUCCCCUCCAGGGAAUUGACUGGUCCAUGAUCAUUGAUGACUUCGGCUGGAUUGGCGAGGGCCCCGUGUUUCUUGGGCCAGCAUGA